CUAAUGCCAUGAGUAACUUCGAAAGCCUAGCUGCUAUUAUCCUUAUAAUAGCAAUAUCAAGAAUUAGCCGGGAGACCAGAGGUCGAACUUGGGUUCUGACAAGAUGGCUGGGCUGCCCCGCAGGAUCAAGGAAACCCAGCGUUUGCUGGCAGAACCAGUUCCUGGCAUCAAAGCAGAACCAGAUGAGAGCAACGCCCGUUAUUUUUAUAUGGUCAUUGCUGGCCCUCAGGAUUCCCCCUUUGAGGGAGGAACUUUUAAACUUGAACUAUUCCUUCCAGAAGAAUACCCAAUGGCAGCCCCUAAAGUACGUUUCAUGACCAAAAUUCAUCAUCCUAAUGUAGACAAGUUGGGAAGAAUAUGUUUAGAUAUUUUGAAAGAUAAGUGGUCCCCAGCACUGCAGAUCCACAGAGUUCUGCUAUCGAUCCAGGCCUUGUUAAGUGCUCCUAAUCCAGAUGAUCCAUUAGCAAAUGAUGUAGCGAAGCAGUGGAAGACCAACAAAGCCCAAGCCAUAGAAACAGCUAGAGCAUGGACUAGGCUAUAUGCCAUGAAUAAUAUUUAAAUUGAUCUGAUCAUCAAGUGUGCAUCACUUCUCCUGUUCUGCCAAGACUUCUUCCUUUUUGUUUGCAUUUAAUGGAUGCAGUCUUAGAAACAUUACAGAAUAAAAAAGCCCAGACAUCUUCAGUCUUUGGUGAUUAAACGCACAUUAGCAAAUCUAUGUCUUGUCCUGAUUCACUGUCCUAAAGCAUGAGCAGAGGCUCUUAGUAUCAUCUGGAUUAUUGUGAAAGGAUUAAAAGCAGCGGCCCCUUCCUGCUUUUACUCAUUUCCCCCAUCCUGGUUUAAGUAUAAAGCACUGUGAAUGAAGGUAGUUGUCAUGUUAGCUACAGGGGUGUGGGUGUUUUUCUUUAUUUUUUUGAAGGGGGAGGUAGUUAUAUUUUAAUUUUAUGGGCUCCUUUCCCCCUUUCAUGGUGAUCUAACUGCAUUGGUUAAAAGCAGCUAACCAGGUAUUUAAAGUAUGCUCUCUAGCCAAGUCUAACUUUAUUUAGACGCUGUAGAUG